GGCCUGCAAGAGCGGAAGCCUGGCCGGUGGCCCGGAAGUAAUCGCUGUAACUUCCGGGGAGGCUUGUGUGCCAGGUGUGGGGAGCUGCGGGGUGCGCGCCGUGCUUACAGUCGUGGGUACCCCAGCAUGUCCCGCGGGUCCAGCGCUGGCUUUGACCGCCACAUUACCAUUUUCUCGCCCGAGGGUCGGCUCUACCAAGUAGAAUAUGCAUUUAAGGCUAUUAACCAAGGGGGCCUUACAUCAGUAGCUGUAAGAGGAAAAGACUGUGCAGUAAUUGUCACACAGAAGAAAGUACCUGACAAAUUACUAGAUUCCAGCACAGUGACACACUUGUUCAAGAUAACUGAAAACAUUGGCUGUGUGAUGACUGGAAUGACAGCUGACAGCAGAUCCCAAGUACAGAGGGCGCGCUAUGAAGCAGCUAAUUGGAAAUACAAAUACGGCUAUGAGAUCCCUGUGGAUAUGCUGUGUAAAAGAAUCGCUGAUAUUUCUCAAGUCUACACACAGAAUGCUGAAAUGAGGCCACUUGGUUGUUGUAUGAUUUUAAUUGGUAUAGAUGAAGAACAAGGUCCUCAGGUGUACAAGUGUGAUCCUGCAGGUUACUACUGUGGGUUUAAAGCUACUGCAGCAGGAGUUAAACAAACGGAGUCAACCAGCUUUCUUGAAAAAAAGGUGAAGAAGAAAUUUGAUUGGACAUUUGAACAGACAGUAGAAACUGCAAUUACAUGCCUAUCUACUGUUUUAUCAAUUGAUUUCAAACCUUCAGAAAUAGAAGUUGGAGUAGUUACAGUUGACAAUCCUAAGUUUAGGAUUCUUUCAGAAGCAGAGAUUGACACCCACCUUGUUGCUCUAGCAGAGAGAGACUAAACAUUGCCAGUAGUUUACCAAGUCCAAGAUGCCACUUGCCUGUGUGUUUGGUAACAACAGACCAACAUGAUAGAGGCCCAUGGAUUGAAAAAGGAACUUUUCCACUCCCUCCCACUGAAGUUGUAGGACUCUGUAUAAAUAAACACAGAAAUUUUAGAAAAUAA